AUGUCAUCACCUCCACGGAGAGUACGUCGAGUGAUUCAAGUCUUAAUCGUUAUAUUCCUUUGUGUCGUACAUGGGUUUAUUUACGGUGCACCUCCGGAUUCAUGCGGAAAUCCCGUUACAUUUCACACCGAGGCUUUAAAUGAAACUCACGUGGGACAAUUUCUUGCACAGAAUGCAUCUACUAGUCAUUACAAACUUGUGGUCGAAAAGGUAUUUUACCGAAACAAAACUCUCGGCAAUCGGAAACAAAGUGACAUCAUUCGAGUAACAUUGAAGGCAGCACCAGGGGAUUUCUUCAGAGGGUUUUUCAUCCAAGCGACACGUGACAAUUAUCCAUUAGAUUCCCAGGACAGACCUGCAUAUGGAACCUUCAGGCCAGUCGACUCUAAUUCACAGCCUCGUUUGUGUCGGGCAGCUGUCGGACAAGUCGGUGGAAUCACACACACCGGAAAUAGUAACAAAACUGAAGUGUCUGUUGAUUUCAUACUUCCGGUCGGAUGCAAUCUAGGAGACAUUCAGUUUGUAGCUACAGUAGUAAAGACGUAUAGUCAGUAUUGGGUGGAUGUGAGGUCCGACCCUGUCUCACCUGUUGGAUUCCAAGGACAAAGAAGUUUGUUGUGCCGAUUGUAUUACGAUCCAUUUAACCAGCGACUACAACAGCAAGUACUGCAGGUGCUUAGACGUCUACAGAUGGCCAAUGUCAGGCAACCAGGGGCUGCCAAUCGUCCGGGAGCACCUAUGGUCCCACAAGGUCUUCAACAGGGUUGA